AUGGCUUGAUUUAUACAAAGUCAGGAAUUAUUUAGAACCUUUUUACUUAUUUAUGCAUUAAAUAACAUUGAAAAUCAUGAAUUAUGAUGGCGACAGAAAUGGAAAACCCAUGAUUGAAAGCAGCUUUUUAAAGUCUUAUGACAUGAAAACUGCGAGAUCAAUAUUGGGACUAAGCAUAUAAAAGAACCUGGCAGAUUUCUCUAUUAUCUUUUAGCUCUUUGUUCAAUAAAAACGAAAAUAUCUCCUUUGUAA